GGCAGAUGGCCUCAGCGGCUGUGUGCCCGCGUAGCUACCGCGGCAUAAAGAGCAAGGGGAUGUCGAUCUGCGCCGUGGAGUCUCUACCGGCGAGUGGGUGGAGAAAUUGUUAAAUCCGAGCAAGCUGCGAGCCAGCCCGUAAGCGAGGAGGAGGAGGAUGGCACCACCGCGGGUGUGCGUGACCGGCGGCGGCGGGUACAUCGCCUCGUGGCUCGUCAAGCUGCUCCUCUCCCGGGGCUACGCCGUCCACGCCACCGUCCGCGACCCAUGUGACCAGAAGAACGCGCAUCUGAUGCAGCUGGACGGCGCGGCGGAGAGCCUGAGCUUGUUCAAGGCCGACGUGCUCGACCGCGCCGCGCUGGCCGCCGCCGUCGAGGGCUGCCAGGGCGUCUUCCAUGUCGCCUCCCCUGUUCCCGCGGAUAAGACCGUCGACCCUGAGUCAGAAAUCAUGGUGCCUGCCGUGAAGGGCACCCUAAAUAUUCUUGAAGUUUGUUCAUCUCUGAAGGUUCAGAAGGUUGUGGUGGUGUCAUCCACUGCUGCUGUUCAUUCUAACCCCAACUGGCCUCAGGGUAAACCCAAAGACGAGAGUUGCUGGUCCGACAGAAAAAUAUGCAUGGAGAAGGAGGCCUGGUAUAGUCUUGCUAAAACUGUUGCUGAAGAGGCAGCAUGGGAAUAUGCAGAGAAGAAUGAGCUCAAUGUGGUUACUUUAUGUCGUUGUAUUGUUUUUGGGCCACAAUUGCAACCUGUUGUCAACACCACCAGCGAACUCCUCAUCUACGUCAUAAAAGGGGGUCCUAAUGUGUUGAAUGACACGCCGUUGCAAAUAGUCGAUGUCCGUGAUGUGGCCGAUGCUUUGCUUCUGAUAUAUGAGAAACCAGAAUCAUCCGGGAGAUAUAUCUGCGCACCAAAUUACAUUAGCACAAAGGCUUUGCUGGAGCUGCUAAAGAAGACGUACCCUGACUACAACUAUGUAAAAUGCAAGGCCGAUGCACAUCAAAACUCUCCUGUCACGCCGAUUUCGUCGGCAAAAUUGAGUAAUCUGGGCUGGAAUCCGAGGGCAUUGGAGGAGACGCUCCUGGACAGCAUCGAAUACUACCGAAAGAUGGGAAUUCUGCAGGAUGUCGAGGGACAGACCUACCGCCUUCCUGAUAUUUUCCGCCAUUAUCAAGCUGCCGAAGAGUGAGUGGAGGGUGGCAGUGCUCAGUGCUUUCUAUUCCCUCUGUUUCUAAAUAUAAGGCUUUUUAGAGUUUUCAAUGCAGACUACGUACGGAUGUAUAUAGACGUGUUCUAGAGUGUAGAUUCACUCAAUUUUGCUCCGUAUGUAGUCCAUAUUGGAAUCUCUAGAAAGUCUUAUAUUUAGGAACGGCGGGAGUACAUAAGUCAUUGUGGUUGUGAAUUGCUGAAUGUUAUGUGAAAUAAUAAAUGAUAUGUUGAUGCUUUCAAUCUCAAGGGCAGAUGAUAAGAGGCUAGAGAGUGAAGCUGCUCAUUGCCUACCGUAGAUAACUUUUCGGUUCCGGAUUGUAUCUUCUUAUUUUCUGCUGUGUUGUGUCGAGGUCUCAAGGAUGAUUAUGAAGAUGUUGUUAAGAACAUUUACCCUCGUCGAUAAUAAAGGAGUAGA